AGUUUUCAUAACAUCCGUUUUACCCGGAAGUUAGGAGUAUUUCCUUAGCUAGCUACUCAUUCAGAUGAAUGCAAAAGUGGUAUUUUGUUUAUUUUCUAGUCGUGUUACUAAGAGAUGGCGUGGAAAAGCAAAGGUUCCCCUCUUCCUCCGGCCUCCUUACACCUCCUCGUCCCGCCAGUCAGACUAAUGUCUGCUUUCAUAUGGCAAAUAGUACAGCAGCACAGUGUGAUGCAGUACGACAAGCUGGUGGACUUCAUCUGUUUGGCGACAGAGAUCGUCCCAGAGCUUCUGAGUCCCAGCCAGAGAGCUCAGCUCAUCCUGGGCCUGAGAGCAAGGCUGGUUCUGGAGCUGUGUCGUGGUGAUGGCGUCGCCAACCUGCAGACCAUCCAGAGUCACCUGGAUAAGAUUCACACCUGCAGCGCUGAACUGAGCUCCACUGAUCAGAUGGCCAAUGGUGAUAUACUGAAGACCUCUUAUACCAACUUUGCCAGCCUGGUUCAGAACCUUUUGAAUGUUCCUUUUGAAAAGGAGUUCUUCUUCCAAGAGGUGUUUCCUACAAACUAUGGCUCUAACUAUGACCAAAGACUGCAGCAGCUGGUGACUGAGUUCCUGUCCAGGCUGGAGCAUCUGCUGCCCGUACCAGACCUGCAACAAACAGCAGCAUGGCUCACAGAAACAACAUCUGUGUCAGAAGAAUUAGGACAGCAUCUGUCUGAACCCUUUGCCCUGAAGACUCUGCUGCUUCAUCACAGACAGUCAGGGACUCUCAGCUCUGCUCCUUCCAGCAGCGAGGGCGAUAUUGUUUUGUCCACUCUUGCCCUCCCUGCUCGAUCUGGAGUGGAACGGUUUACUGAGUCUUACAGUGAGGACGAUGAUUAUGACAAUGAGGAAGAGACCCUGGCAUCGGAAGAUUUAGAAGAAGACUCGAGUCGAAGCUCAGACGCCACUGCAGAUGAUUUGUUGCCAAUUAGGGAAUCAGGUCCUCUGUCGCGUUUGUUCAUCUGCCCUCAGUGUUCAUUCGCUCACCUCCUAAAGAGAAAAGUCCAAGAGCACAUCCAGAGUGAGCACCACGUAAGAGCUCCCAUUCAGAAAAACCUAUCUGUGAAGAAAGCCAGAGCAAAGACCCAGCAGAAAAGUAAAGACAUGACCGGUGAAAAGAACGUAGAAGGCAACUCCGGGAUAAAGAGGAAACAUAAACCAAAAAGUGGUGUUAGAAAAAAGCGGGAACGUAAGCAGAAGAAGGACAACUUAGAAAAUAAGGAACGACGUAGACGGAAAGAGCCUGCGGGGGAUGACAAAAGGUUUCUGAGCACACGACCUGUCAACAAAAACUUCACAGAGGAAGAAACCAAAUGCCUGAAGUGUGAAAAGGUUUUUGAACUUCCAAAUCAACUUAAGACUCACAUGAAGCUUCACAGCUUCGCCUACAGCUGCACCCAAUGCGAGAAGGGAUUCACCAGCUCGUCAGGUUAUUAUCAGCACCAGAGACUCCACAAGAGAGGACGGAUAUUCGUCUGCAGCCAGUGCAACAAGGGAUUCCUGUGCAACUAUUCGCUCAAGCAACAUGAACGCCUGCAUGAAGGCCCCAGCAACCUGUGUACGAUCUGUGGGAAAGGGUUCAGCAAAGCAGGGAUCACAAGACACAUGCAGAUGCACAAAGGGGAGAAGAAUUACUUGUGCACCACAUGUGGGAAGUCCUUUUUGUCUUCCGGGGAGCUGCUGCUGCACACUCGGUCCCACACGGGCGAGAUGCCGUAUACCUGCACACACUGCGGGAAGGGUUUCUCCAGCAAGAGUCACCUGAUUGUGCACACACGCUCUCACACAGGGGAGCGUCCGUACCUGUGCUCGGAGUGCCCGAAGCGUUUCCUUACACUGAACUGCCUGAAAAGACACACACUCAGCCACAAUGGGGUGAAACCAUUUAAGUGUCCAAACUGUGAGAAAGAAUUUUCCCAGAAGGGGAACCUGAAAAGACAUUUGGCAACUCAUAAACUUGACACGUAAUGUGAGGUUGUUAGAAAGGAGAAUGUAGUCAUAAAUAAUGCCUUGUCUAGUUUUUUGAAAACCCCAAAUGAAGUAUUAUUGUGUAAUCAGUAGUAACAAUUGGAAAGUAAAGUAUUUGAAUUAUUGAAUUAUUUAAAUUCCUCUUAUCUGCUUAGGUUUCUUCAUUACAUCCAGUUACCAAACUUGUGCAUUUUAGCAGCUGGUUACAAUCACCAAUACUGAUGUCAUUGUUUUGUUUUAGGAUCCUGCUUUGCAUCACCUUUUUUUUGCCUUUUUCUCCAAAUUCUGCACCCAACUUCGCCUGACAGUCGUAAGUCAUAUUAAACUGUGAGCAAAAUA